ACAAGGUUAUAUACGGUCCUUAACCUGCUCGGGUGACUAGGCUUGUAAAAUUACAACUAUAAAGUUUCAGUAAUCCUCGUGACACCUAAGUAAAUAUAAGCUACAUACCUGGAGCUUUCUUCAUUCAGCUUUUAUUGGCAUAAUUUGAAAAGCAUUUUAAUAUUACAAACCUGAACGUUGACAUCAUGGAGCAUUAAAUCUGCAAGCAGUAGUGGCAGGUGUAGUCUGGAGGAAAAAGGAGGUGAAGCGAUGUUGUCUGUUGAAGUAUUCUGAGAGCAAAAGGCAGAAGAGGUGUCACAAACCGGUAUGCGUCUAGCAGAGGGGAGAGAAUUCGUUCACUAUACCACAGUCCAUGUGCCAGCACAAGGAACGAAGCUGUCCAUCUCGAAAUAUGAACGAUAUCAAGAAAAGAUUGAGUCGAACCCUGUCUGGCCCAAGAAGAUGUGUUAGAUGCAGAAAAAUGGUGUACUUCUCGCAGUCUCGGUGUAAGCAGUGUGGAGAACUAACUCACAAGCACUGCUCGUAUCAUGCUAAUCAGAACUGCAAGCCUUACAAUCAAGAGGCUACUGAAGGAAACGUGUAUCCAGUUAUAAACUCAACUGAAUCUGAUGAAUGGAGGUCAACAUCGAGUCCUCGCGAGUGGUGGAUGAACCAGCAUCGCCACGAAACAGAUUCACCUGCUUCUUACGAUGCAGAUGAAGCCUACAGCUCAGAGCACCCGAGCCCUGGGGCAGCCAUGGCUGGACUUUUAAAAAUUGUUCAGUGGCUGUCGCAUAGGAAACGAACGAGAGAAUCCAUUGGGAAAACCUCAGAGAAACACAUCAAGGGAAAAUUCGGUCUCAAUCUUAAUAUGGAAGAUAAGCAGACAAAGAAGAAGUUAAAAACCCUCAUAAAAACUUACCAAAGGCAAAUGUAUGCAACAAACUACUGUGGGCAAUAUCAGCAGCAACAAGUUCAACAAAAAUACAUGCUCAACUCUCAAACACAGCGAGAUUCCUACAACCAGCUGGUUCGGCAACGUCUGGCAGCGAAACGCUCUCCAAUUGCAAAUCAUACCAGGACAGACCUCACUUCUCCUCGAAGCAGCCUUUCAUCUCCCAGUGAUUGUUCCUUCAUAUCCCCAAACAGUACCCCAGAAAUAAAAACGACUCGGUUACGGAGGGAUAAAUUGGCCAAGCAAGCCUCCAUUAAAUGGGAGAAGGAUGUCAGUAAAUAUUCCAUCUUUGGAAAUAACAACUCCACAACUGCUAGCAACCAAUCAGAACAACAAUCUAACGAAAGAUCAAGAUUAUGCGCUGUAUCCCCUAAGCCUUCACUGAGACCAAAUGAUACUAGCUGGAUAUCUGGUAACAGGAGCUCUAUCUUUAACCAUCAGAGGAACGUUCUAGAUGGAAAGACUACAACGAUGACAUUCGCAAGGCCACCAUGCCUUUCAAAAGCUAAAACUUUGAGCAUCGAAAGUAGAGACACUAAAAACGAAAGUUUGUGCGCAACAUGGCCGCCUGCGGGUAAAGCUGGUACUAUUCUGGAGGAACUUGUUGAUGAAACUGAAACCGAUUGCAUCGAAGAAGCAGAUGAAAGUUUUACACUCAGUGACUUCCGGAGUGACUCUCAAAGCGGCGAGGAAUCUCUUCGAGAAUGGUAUAUUCCUUUCGGUGAUAUAGAAUUCAAAGAAAGGAUACGACAUGGUCGGCAAGGUGAUAUUUACAAAGGUCGAUGGUAUGGUGAAGUGCUAAUUUAUACGAUUCGAGAGUCAUGUGAUAGAGAGCUUAAUCAGUUCCUGGAUGAAGUGGCUCAGAUGGGAAUGAUAAGACACGAAAAUAUUGUUCUUUUUAUGGGAGCAUGUAUCGAACCCCAAAGGCUGGCCGUUAUCACUAGUAUGAGGAAAGGUCCAACGUUGUUUGAAUAUCUGCAUCUUAAACGACAUAAAUUACCCUUUCACUCCAAGCAUAACAUAGCUCGUCAGAUUGCUCAGGGUAUGGGCUAUCUUCAUGCCAAAGACAUAGUUCAUAGAAAAUUAAAUUCAAAGAACAUCAUUCUCGAAUGUCGAGUAAAGUUGUGUAUUAUGGAUCAUGGAAUGGCAGAUAAACAGCUGGACCGGAGUGAUUACGGCUGCAUACCGAGGGGUCAUUUGAGUUAUAUUAGUCCAGAAUUGAUGUCUUCCUUACAAAUCGAUCCUCCCCUCAUAUAUACCUCGAAACCAUGCACUCAAGAAUCCGACAUAUUUGCCUUCGGGUCGUUGCUGUUUGAAUUAUUGGCAGAACGUUUUGCCUUUCAUGACCAGCCACCUCAUGCUCUCGUAUGGCAAGUUUCCUCUGGGAAAACAGCUCCCUUGCACAAUUUUCGGUUCAUUAAUGGACUCAAAACACUGAUUAAACGAUGCUGGUCUCGUAAACCCGAGCAACGCCCACCUUUCUCAGAAAUAGUUCACAUUUUACAAGAAAACGUGUCUCAUCAUAGACGGCACAGCUGUUCUGAACCAGACCGCUUACAUCUUGCCGGUCAGACGUCCAGCCGAGUACUUUGCACGUGAACCUCGAAUGUGAUAAACGAAACAACAAAUUAGCAACUUGGUGUGAUCUCCUCUGACGGACACUUCCUUUUUCCAUAAAAUAUUUUAUACGUUCUCCAGUUGACCAAAAAUGAGAAAAAGCUGCCAUAAAUAGUAAUGACAUUCUCAUUGUAGUGCUUUUAUCUAAGCUGUGAAAGUGAUUACAGUAUCUCGUUUCUUUAAUUAAUAAACAGUAACUGACUUUUUAGUUUGACUUAAUUAAUUAAUAGCUUUCCAAAAAGUUUUGAAUUCUUUUUGGUUUGUUCUCUUUAUAAAGUAUAAAGCAUUUUCUAUGUUGAUUAAAAAAAUUAUGAUAGGUUUAUGAGGAUCAUUUUAAUUUUAGCUGUUAAAGUAACAUUCAGCCUACGAUUGUAAUUAAUUUUAAAAAUUCUGUGCAUAAUUCAAAUUAUCUAAUCUCUAAAACUACAUCGAGUACUUAUUAAAGUCAGCUUAAGAAUAACUUUGAAUUUUUCAUAAUUUCAAACACGUCGACCUUUUUUAAAUGUUAACAAUUCUGAAAAGCAAAACAUGAGUCUUUCACAAACUACUUUCAUUACCUAUUGUAUUUCCAUGCCUGUUUUUAAUCACACUUUAAAUUUAAAUGUGUAAUUAUUGAUAAUAGUGUAAUUACUGUGUAAUUAUCAAUAAUAUAAUUACAUUAUUACCUGUAAACGGAUGAAAAUAGAGUAAUUCUUAUCGGAUACCAGCAUAUGAAAUCACCUUGAACACAUAGCGAUUUAUGGCAGCUUACAUUUACUUUUGUAAUACCUGUUUUACAUUUGUACCAAUGUUUGUAUUUGUACCAAACUUUGAGAUGAAGAGUUUGCUUAAUUCAUAGUAGACGCAAGAGAUUUUCUCCAGUUGGAGCUUUAAUAAUUCACAAAAUUGGAUUUUUGCAAACAAAGGCAAAAAUUUGUCUUUUUUCAUUCUUCGAUUCUGUUUGCUUCCCGUAAUUCUUAACUAUAAUUAAUGCUAGAAUGAUAAUUCGAUCUUUGUGAGAAAAGGACUAGCUGUACCAAUUAUUUAGCAAAAUAACCAUACUUUUGCGAUAUGUACAUAUAUUACCAUAAUAUUAAAGCUUAUAUUUAAUAUUUUAAGGUGAAGGGAACUAAUCCUCUGGAUUAGUUGUUGUCUUUAAAGUGAUAAAAGCCUUACUGAAUGUACCGAAGUUUUUUACUUUAUAUUUUAGAGCAGUGGACUACAAUAUUUACUUAAGCUCUAUAGUGUUCGUUUUAGAGCUUAAGUAAAUCUCUGUUUUUUAUACUUUAAUUAUCUAUUGAGAGGAGAAUCAGAUUUAAUACGUACUUCCUAUUCAUUAGCAAACUGAUGUCAAAAUAAUAGCAAUGACACAUUAAGUAAAAUAAAAAUGAUCAACGUUGAAACUGUUUGUUGAGGAAGUUUAUGAGAAAUUUCGACAAGACAAAUUAGUAUCAUCAUUCUGACAAUAGAAUCAGAGUUUCAGCGUUGUUUAUUAGACUUUACAAAUUAAUUAAAUUCCAUACUUUAAUUUAACAACUCUCUUUUGGAAUCUAAAGAAAUAUUUUACGCUUUUUUAUUUUGCAAUUUAUGUACCUGAUAUGUCUACAUCAAUAAAAGGCAUCAAAUUUACUAGAAUUUCACAUUCGUAACGCAUAGUUGUGCACAGUAUUGUAUUGUAAAUGUAACGUUUCGUUCUUUUUAUCGAUCUAUAUAAGUACGUUGUUCCUUUUUGUAUGUUUUAAUGCAUUAGGAAUGUUGUUACAUGUUAUAUUCAGUUCGUUGUUAAUUCCUGUUGACCUUGCAAUAUGUUUUAUUGUAAAUUAUUUAUUUAAAAGAACGUCUUAGUUAAGUAAUAUUCCUUUAAACAUUUAUUUUUGAAAUAAAUCAUUAUUGAUAUAAUGUCAACUAAAUUUGUCAUUUGGCAAAUAAAACUCAAUAAAUAUUACAAUGAUGAUGCCAUUGAUAUAUCACUUGUGAGAAAUUUAAUGAAAUAUAUGUUUUUUCAUUGUGCUUGAUGAAGAAAUGACUGCAAUGAUGUUCUUAAAAUAUGCAAAGAAUAAUACGAGAAAUCGCAAGAGAAAAGCGGUCUUCGAUAAAUUAUCCCAUUUUCAACUACUAUCUUUUAUAUUUUAUUGUUUAAUAUUACAAAUUUUGAUUAGUUGGAUAGAUGAAAUGUAAUUUUGUAGUUGCAUGCCUAAUCUUUAAAUAUGGUUUUGUUAUUAGUUUUAUCAAACAAAUAAAUAAAAAGAUUUAAGAAUAACUUAAUUGUGUUCUAAAUCUUUGAGGGGUAAAAUCCCUGCAAAGAUUUAAUUUCUAUUGUAUGUCCUGCUCGACAGAUUAUUUUUGUCAUUCUACUUGUAUUUUGUGUCUUGUUCUGUAGAAAAAGGUUAAUAAUAAUGUAGAAAUGCUCUGUCAUUUAAUAUGUGAAAGAAUAUUUGAAGAGAGAAAUGAUUUCCUUUAACACCCAAAUGCGAUCAUUAUACAUUUUAAGAGGCAAGUACCAUUUUUAAGAAAAAUGCAUAGGAUUUUGCUUCUUUAAAUGUUAUAUUCGCAAAAAAAUUAGUUAAGACAAAUUUAAAUCAAAUUAUUUGGACGUGUACUUCAAUUUAUGAAAUCUUACCAAAAUACGAUGUUGAACAGACAGUAUGUCGCCAUUUUCUAUAAUUUAAAGUUAUUGAAUACAUUCCGCGGAAAUUAAAAAGGAUUUCAAUAUUAAUUUAGAAUGCUACUGGAUGUGAUGAUAUUUAGUAAUUUAAUUAUUCAAUUUUAAGCUUUAUAGUUUUAUUCUUUAGUAAUUUUAGAACUUAAAUUUUUAUCUAAUUUAAGCGUUUGAUAAAUAAAAAUGUAAAUAUAUCAAUUAUGUCUUCCUAACUGUAAGAUAAAUUCCUAAACUCUAGGCUCCAAAUUUUUAUUAUCAUGACUAUUAUGAUAUUUGAAACUUUUGGAUGAUUUGAAAUUUCUCCAGAUAUUUAAAAUUUUGAAGAAUACGCGUGUUUGCUAGGAAAGAGUAUACCUUACUUUUGGAUAUAACUAUGCCAGAGUUUAGAAUGAGAAUUUUGUAUAAAAUUCUAUACCUAAAUUGACUUAUAUAUACCUUUGUAACUGAUGUAUAAUACAUGAGAUAGCAAUAAUGUAAAUAUAGUUUUAUAUCGCCAACUCAAUUUCACUUUGGAACUAAUAUCAGCAGAAGAGGAAAGAACAACGCUAACGAUGUCUUUUAAAAAGUUUAGAAAGGAAAUGUUCUAGUUUAAUCAAAAUGUCACCUAGCAACAGUGUUUAUUUAACCUUAAUGAAGAGUUUUUCACGUUCAAGUAUUUUACUCUUUUUCGGUCAACUGGUGAAAAAGCAAAGAUGAAAAUGUUCCAACUUCAAAAACCAUUCCACGGAUGCAAUGGCAGUCGUACAAACAUAUUUAUUUCCACUGAUAAAGGAGAAACGACUGCUGCAUAUUUUUCCUUUUCAUAUGCUGCUCAUUUUUUAAUAAUUCUGUAGCCAAUUAGACAUGUCUUCUUUAAGAACGUCAAAAUGUUUAGCACCGUCUAUUCAUGCAAUGUAAAGCAAUUCCAUGUCCAAUCUUUCAAUAAAAUCUUCCUACGUCGUU